GACGACGACGUUAGAUGUGGUCUCUGAAGACGAACUGGUUUCUGUCCAUGGAUCCAGAUCUCUUCUCUGUCAGCUGAACCUGGUCUGAACGUCUCAAACCCUCUAACUGUCUUGAUUUGACCAUAUGUAUUUACUGCUAUAAUGUCAAAAGUCUGCUGAUGAUCUGUUCGUCAUAGUAACAGCUGAUAAGGUUCAGGUACUUUAAGGCCACACUCACAGAUAAUAGUGAGUCUAUAAAUUUUAUGGCUCUGAGUAGACAGAGAGCAUUUCUGUUAUCCUUUUUAGUCCCUAUUUUAUUUUGAAAAUCUCUGUUUGGAAACACGUCUGCAGACUCAAAGAGUUUCUUAGAGACAGUAACGAUGGCUGGUCUCUACAGGACUUUAUCUGUCCAUACAUACACAGGUAAUAACAGAGGAAAUCAGACCCACCAUCAGUGUGGCCAACAUGGCGAAGGCGGUGGUGAAGUCGCCCCAGGAGAUCGGCACUUUGGAGCUGAGGCCAGUGAGCUCCAUGAUGAGGAUGAGGAAGGUGACAACGAAGCAGAGGACCCACACAAACAUGCUCCACACCCAGAAAGAGUGAGUGGAGUGUCCGACUGACGCCACCAGGCUGAAGGUAAUAACGGUGAGCACCACCUCCAACAUCCGCACGAUGCCCACGGGUUUGGUCAGGGUCCUGAGGUCCAUGAUGGUCCUGGUGUUGGUGGCUCUGAAGGUAAGUGAAGCUGAGCGUUGAGCAGUUCCUGUCUCUGUUCUGGGAGGUUCAGUGUCGCUCGCUCUCCUGAGUACAGGACGAGGCCGCUCCCUCUGCUGCUUUAUCAAAUUUCCCUAAAAGGGCUGGACCACCAAUGAUGUAUGAGGGGCCAUAUAAAGGGGUGUGUUUGUGUGUGUGUGUGUGUGUGUGUGAGAGAGAGAGAGAGAGCUCUGUUGAUCUAUCAGAGGCUGGGUUCAUUGAACAAUAAGCUCUUACCCUCAGCUUCUCUUCGGUCUCGGGUUUCUUCAUGAGUGAAAAAUGGACUGGGAGCUUAAAGAAGAAGCCAGUUUGAUUCUUGACCAGAUGAAUCAGAGUCCAGAAACCAGAAGAGAGCGAGGAGUCUCAAGUCCAACCUGAGCUGUGAACAUAUUAGAGGGAAAACAAUCCAUUAAUCAGGUCCUUAUCUCUGAACUGGGAGGUGUAGAUCUACAGUCCUGUUCCUGUACAAAGGGACCAGUAACAGCUAUUAUUAUUAGUGCUUUUUAUUUUAGCUUUGAUUGUUUUUGUUGUUUUGAAUAUUCUCACUGGUUUUGAAUAAAUAAAAUAAAAGCUUCAGAGCCUUUAUACGUUAACGUCACACCACAGUGGACUCCAACAGGUUCCUGUUUUUGUGGGAACUGACAGAGUCCUAAAGCGGAACCACAAGGUCCAUUAAACCCUCUGAUUUCAUCUCCACAGAGGACAGAACCACAUCCUGAUGAGAUCCAGACCAUUAGAGUCCGACUAAUUCAGGACAGGAGCCCCAUCACUCAGGGACCGGGAGUGUGUGUGUUUCUGUGUUAGUGUGUGUGUGUGUCAUUUCAUUCCGUGUCAUUCUCCUGACUAAAGGUCCUUACACACUGGGAUCGACGACGACGCAAAAUUACGAAAUAUUUGGAGGCAAAUUUUGACACGCCUGACUAUACACAUCAAAGCGAUUUUGCGACUUUCUGGCGGGAAAAAAGAGACGCCCCGGGUGGAAGCGAGAAGACUGACCCAACAGCAGACUGAGUGUUUUCAGUUCUGUUUAGACUCUAGUGUUGAGAUGUCUGUCUGUGAUGUUCCGCAUUCUGUGUGUCCACUUCUGAUCUGCUCAAUCUGAUUGGUCAGAAGUGGACACACAGAAUGUGGAACUUUCAAAACAUGAUCCGAAAAAAUAAAUGCCGCAAUAUCGCAGGACGGGAAAACGUCGCUGAUGUGAACGCUUGUAUUGACAGGAAACGGGUUCGAAAAAAAUAUUGACAUCCAAAAUAAUUGCACAAAAAAAGGUGCCGGUAUGAAAAAACCUUUAGCCCUCAUAUUUCUCCUAAAACAUGUCUUUCCUCUGAAGUUCAUCUGAAUCUUCUUCUCUCCAAGGGUGUUAGUCUGUGGGUUUGGUUUCUUCUGUCCGUUUGGUUUCUUCUGGAGGACCUCUGAGCUGACAUGCUGGUCUGCUGGGCUUGGUUUACCUUCUCAGGCCCUCCUCUUCUCUUGAGUGAAGAAAGAGGAAAAGGAGGAGCUCUGCAAGGGGGUCAGUCCAUCAACAGAGGAGGAGAAGCUCAGAUCGAGCUUUUGUCAGAGUCUCAGUCCUCCAUCGUGAGGGUCUUCAGCUUCAGGAGGAAGAGGAGGAAGAAGAGGAAGAGGAGGAGAGAGCUUCACUCUGAAGAGAAAAAGUAAGAUCAGCUUCUUUAACAGAUUCUCCUGUUGCUGUGUGUGUGUGUGUGUGUGUGUGUGUAUGUGUGUGUGUGUGUGUGUGUGUGUCAGUGAGGUGGUCCAGUUCAGUUGACAGACACUUAACCCACCUUGUUCCCAGUGUGUGUCCUCCACUGGUGUAUGAUUGUGAGUGUUGUGUGGUUCUGGUCGGAGAGGCCGUAGGUGAAAACUGGCAGCCAUGUUUCCGUCAGUCUGCCCCAGGUCAGCUGUGACUACUAAGGUAGUUUACCACCACCGAAGUGUGACUGUGUGAGCAAAUGAAUGAAUGAAUGAUGUAUCCAAUGUAAAGUGCUUUGAGGGUCUCUGAUAAAGCUCUAUAUGAAAUCUGAUGCAUUAUUAUUAUUACUAUUAUUUGACUGCAGCUGGAGUGUUUCCUCAGUGUGGUGUAGUUUUUAUUUCAGGGAAGUUACUCUACAUUAAAGUAAUAAAGAUGGAUCCUGUUGAAUUUAUCACCUGAACCUGUUCUUCCCUAACACCAUCUGAGACGUUAGGACUCUGAUAACCCUCCAAAGUCUGCGUGAGAGAAACAAAAAGGUGUGAUCUUUGCGGUUCCCCAUGAAGCUUGUUUCAGAGCUAACCCUCCAAAGUCUGCAUGAGAGAAGCACAAUGGCAUGAUCUUUGCGGUUAGCCCUGAGCCUCGUUUCAGAGCUCACUGUGGGCAGGUGACGACGUUUAGUCUCACUUCCCUCUGACUCUGACAAGUUAAAUAUUAAGUGAUCAUUGUCCAUCACAACUGUCUAGAGAAAGAGAGAAACUGUUUUCAACUGAAAUCUGGGAAGUGUCAGGUGAUUAUUCUGUCCUCUCCUCCUGUCCUUACUGUACAUACACUACAGGCCAAAAGUUUGGAAGCAAGGUCAUUCCAGGCCGAACAGUUGGGAGUAACUUCAAGUUUUUGUUCACAAUGCUUUUUUUUUUAAAUCCAACAUGAGUUUGAUGUAUUUUGGGUAUUUAGCUACUCCAUGAUCAGAUGUUGCUUUCAUGGAAAUGCACCAUUUUACUCCAUUUACCUUUAGAUGUUAACAGACCGUUGCUAAAUAUUUGUCAGCAAAAGAUAAUAAGUGCUUAGUUUUAGGGUUGGAAACAUUUGCAAGAGUCACAACUUCAGUGCAAAAGCAAAAAAACACAGUUGGAUUAUUCACUUCAACUUUUUGGCUUUUGAGAGUCUGCAAACAAGAAUCCUAAUAAAUCUCAACUGUGUUCAAACUACCGCAAACAUGACUAGAAAGAAGCAACUGAGUGAAGAAACAAAAGUACAGAUUUGUACAUCGAGGAAAGAAGGGUACACAGAAACAGAAAAACGCCUAAAGGUGUCUAACAAAGGAGUCCACUACACUCCAAGGAGACUAGAGGAACCUGGAAGUUAUGAUGAUAGAAAAAGACCUGGACGAAAGAGAGUUACUACAAAAGCAGAGGAUAAACAGAGCAUUGACACCAGUAAGAGAGAUCGGCGAAAGACAGCACCAAAAAUAAGGGAGGAAAUCAACAUGACAAGGUCGAAACCCAUAUCUCUGACAACCGUGACGUUUGAGAAAGGCUGGUCUGAAGGGUUGUGUAUCUGCAAAAAAACACGACUUCAUCCACAGAACAAGAAAAAGAGAUAUGAGUGGGCAAAAGCUCACAAAAACUGGACUUAUGAUCACUAAAACCAGUUUGCACAGUUUGGUUCAAAACGCAGAGUCUAUGUCCGCAGACAAACUGGUGAACGUCUGAAAGCUCCAUGUGUUACACCCACAAUUCAGCAUGGAGGUGGCAGCUCCAUGGUAUGGGGAUAAUUUGCAGGUGAUGGAGUAGGAGAUUAGUUUGAAGUAAAGGGUAUCAUGAAGAAGGAACAGUACCACUCCAUCCUCCAGCACCAUGCUGCUCCAUCUGGACUCAGACUUGUGGCUCAUAAGUUUGUUUUGCAGCAAGAUAAUGACCCUAAGCACUCUGCCAAGCUGUAUUUCCAUUGUCUGAAACACUCACUAAGCACUCCAUCUAUAUACAGUUGUGUUGUAAUUUUGGAAUAGGUUUGUAAACUAUCAGUCAUAUAAUAUAAUAAUAUAUUCCAGAAUUUGCAUAUCAUCUGUGCUGCCCUCUAGUGGCUCAUAUCUUAGUUAAAGUAGAUCACAGGAAAAUGAACCCUUCACUGACUUGCAGAUUGAUUUCAUUUCAGUGACAUGUUGUCAGUCAGAGUUUCUCAUCAUUUCUCAUCUUUGUCAAGUUCCUGGGAGGGGGGUGUGAAACCCGUGGUCAGAGUAAGCGGAGGAAAACAAGCAGGUUUCAACCACAAACCGCCCUUCUGAUGGUGUUUGAGCACAGACUCUUCUCGAGCUCACCCGGUGAUCUGAACAUAAUAUAUUUUAUUUAUAAAGCACUUUACAUGAGAAAUGGUGUGCCACCGAUAGAGGAUGAAAACAGCCCACCAUCUGUUUGAGUUAGACUGAGUUUCUUUUUUAUUGAACCUGAACUUUAUUAAACUCUGAACUUUGGGCCGACUCACCUGUAAGUAAAACUUUGUUCUUUUUACAGCGUCAGUCUGUGAGGAUGGAAAAAGGAAACCCAGUUGUGGAAUCUGCCCCGCCCUACAUGGGGCCCCCUCCUAACUAUGGGAUGCCUGGGCCUCCACCUCCAGCGGGCCCAGGUGGAUUUUACCCAGCAGCCCCUCCACCUGCUGUAUACCAGGCAGGUCUGUGACUGGUGCUGUUACCUAACAAUUCAGUCCAGAUUACAGUUUAAUACAAGAAAACAGGCGUAAAAAACAGACAGUCAGCCAAACAGUCACUCAGUCAUUACAGCCGUUAUAGACCCUGCAUGAACAUUUUCAUUUUAAACUGACCUGUGACCACAUUCGUCCCCCAAUGACAGUUACAUUUUAACAUUUAACACAGUAACACUGUUACAUUGUGAUGCAGUUACAUUAUGAUGCGGUAACAGUUACAUUUUAACAUGGUGACAUUGUAACACUGUUACAUUGUAACACUGUAACAUUACAAUGCAGUUACAUAAUGAGAUGGUGACAUGGUAACGCAGCAUCAUUAUGACGUAGUAACAGUUAUAUUUUAACAUGGUGGCACUGUAACACCGUUACAUUAUAACACUGUUACAUAGUGAUGCAGUUACAUUUUAACACGGUGGCACUGUAAUGCUGUUACAUUAUGAGAUGGUGACGUUGAGGUCAGGGUUCAUCGAUUCAACAGAAAAGUUGAGUUUUAAAAACAGAUAAUCUGUUUUAUUGAAGAAGCCGCAGACUCUCACAGUUCAGCCCAGAGCUGAUCCUAACAGACGCCAACCUGUUGACGAGGCAAACAGCCAGUCGUUUUGAAGGAUUUCGGGGCGAAUGUUGUGAUGGCCAAUCAGACUUUGUAGAGGGCUCAAUCCCUCUGGACCUAACCCUGGGUCCAUCUUUGGCCUUCUGACCCCCGACUUACCUUUACCCCCUGCAGGUAACCUGUGAGAAAACAGCUGACAGAGAAACAACAGAGUAAAUAUCAGCGUUUGUAGGAGUGAGGCACCUGUUCAGGUAGAGCUGUCUGCAAGUACCUGCUCUGACCUCUGUGACCUUUUCUCCAUCCACCAGGUCCUCCCUAUGUUCCUGCUGCACCUGCAACCGCAGGUGAGGACUAUUACUGGGGGGGCACACACACACACACACACACACACACACACACACACACACACACACACAGGUGUUUGGGCUCGGCUGAACGGUGAGGAGACAAAGACUUGGACUCUGGUUUGAUUUGACAGAAUAAAGAUGAAGUGUUGACAUGUUUCUACAUGUUUCUACACUCUGCUGUUUCUGGAAAGUUCUUCACUUGACUCUCUGCUGCGCCUGCUCUGUUUGACCUCUAAUGACCUUAUGUUCAGGUAAAGUGCAGACAGGUCCUGUCUUCUUAUUGGUCUUGUCUUCUGACCUGCAGUGACUCCCAUGAUUGCGUCGCCGCCUCUCCAUGAGCAGUCGGGUCGGGCGCUGUGUCUUCACUGUCAGCAGACGGUCAUCACAGAGACUCAGCGCAAACCAGGCCUGCUGGCCUGGGCCGCCUGUGCCGGUCUGUUUUUUUUCGGGUAAAAAACCGUGACAUGAAGGAACAUCACCCAUAAAAACAAGAAGAACCAGAAUGAGUCUACCAUCAGAGCGAAACCAUUAAAACCAGUUUACUGUCUGUCCUCCUGCAGGUGCUUCCUCUGCUGCUGUAUCCCGUUCUGCAUCGAUUCCUGUCAGGACGUGGAGCAUCAUUGCCCCUCCUGCAAAAGAAUCAUCUACGUAUAUAAGCGGAUGUGAAGAAGAGGAGGUGAGAGUGAAGAAGAGGAGGAGCUGAGAGUGAAGAGGAGGAGCUGAGAGUGAAGAGGAGGAGCUGAGAGUGAAGAGGAGGAGCUGAGAGUGAAGAGGAGGAGCUGAGAGUGAAGAAGAGGAGCUGAGAGUGAAGGAGAGGAGCUGAGAGUGAAGAGGAGGAGCUGAGACUGAAGAGGAGGAGCUGAGAGUGAAGAGGAGGAGCUGAGUGUCUCUGUCUCUCUGGUUUUGUGUGAAGUUUGUGAAACUUUUAGAUGUUCAUUAAAUAAAGAAUGUGAACAAAAAAA